AUGGCGCGCACGCGGCGCCAGCGCGGCCUGGCACGCCUGCGGCGCGUGCGGCGCGCGGGCUGCGCGCGGCGCGCGGCGGCGGGCGCGCGGGGCGCUGCCGCGGUGGAGCUGCAUGCGCCGGCGGGCGGCGCGCGCGGCGGGCGUCGGCGAAGCACGCGCGGCGGCGGCGUGCCCGCGCGCGUGCUGCGGCCGCUGGGGCCGCGGGAGGCGGCUGCCGGCGGGGCCGCGCGAGCGAAGGACGGCAAGGACCGGCGCGUGGAGGCCCGCGACAGCAUGAAGCGGGCGCUGCCCCGGUACGCGCGCAUCAACACGCUGGCGCACGGGGUCACGUGGGGGCACGUCCGGCGGGAGCUGGAUCGGACAGGGCAUGUUUGGUGGCGCCCCAGCGCCAAGGAGAAGCAGACCGUGGCUGGCACCACGCUCAACCCGGAGGUGCCGAAGGGGGCAGGCAGCAACGUGUAUUUCCGGGACAUGCAUGUGGAGGAUCUACUGGUCUUCUGCCCCAUUCGAGGAGGGGCAGAAGUGGCACGAGCAUGAUGAGCUUUCGGAGGUCCGCCCAGACUUCUCGCAUCGGCGCCGGAGCCCCCCUCACUGGCGCGCUGGGGGCGCCGCCAGGGGCGGCGCUGGAGGCGCCACCAGGGGGGGGGGGGCGGCGCCGGCCUGGGAGCAAAUCCGCGCGGGCCUCCGAAGGCCUGGGUUUGUGCUGUCCUUCUGUUCCUCUGCCCCAUGGGCCAGUCGCAGACCUCGGACAUCUCCAGGCCUCCCAAAUGGGUUCGAAGUACAGCCGGACCGAGGCAUGAGAUCGAGGUCGGUUCGGGGAGGCUGCCC